AUGGCUCGUAAGGCUGCUCAAAAACAAGUCCAAGCUUCACUGCUUGACGGCUGCUCCAUCGCUACUUCCGGACGCUUCCCCGGCACAACACAGGGUGCUCUCCAAGGACGCAUCACUGACCUGGGCGGGACAAUUGCGUCCAAAGUCACAGCAGAAACCAACAUUUUAAUUGCCACCAACAAAGACUUCGAAGCCAAAUCAACGAAGGUUGCUGCCGCGAUCUCUAAUGACAUCCCCAUCGUCUCAAUCGACUGGCUCGAUGAUACCGAGUCAUCAAACAUCAAAGCAGACAAGAAGCAGUAUUUGCUCAAUUCACAAGGUGCAUCCGCGGCAGCCUCAGCUCCAUCUACGGCCCCAGCCGUGACCAAUGGCAAAAAGCGUGCAGCCUCAGCACGCGCUUCACCUACACCAAGUCAGACUGCUUCACAAUCGAAGAAGCGGAAGACCCUCGAAGAGAAGGCCAAAAUUGACAAUGUCAAAGUAGGCGAUGGUCAGAACGCAAAGUCGAAGAAGAUAACGGUUCCUGUCGACGAGUACUGCCCCUCAUCCAACUACGAGGUGUACAUCGACGAGGACGAACUUAUCUGGGACGCUUCGCUGAACCAGACCAACGCGUCAGCCAACAACAACAAGUUCUACAAGGUUCAGCUCCUAAGAAGUCCAAAUGGCGCACACUUUCAGACAUGGACUCGUUGGGGACGUGUCGGCGAGCGAGGUCAGUCAGCCAUGCUCGGUGGCGGCUCUCUUUCUGAUGCGAUCAAGAAUUUUGAGAAGAAGUUCAAGGACAAGUCUGGUUUGAAGUGGGAAGACCGAGGCGAUGAUCCCAAGAAUGGCAAAUAUGCAUACGUGGAAAAGAAUUACAACCCCGACUCUGAUGACGACGAUGAUGAUGGCAAUGGCACGGCCAACGGAUCAGGUAGUGAUGCGAAAGACAACAGCGACCGACCCGCUGUCGAGUCGAAACUCACCAAACCGGUUCAGAACUUGAUCGAGCUCAUCUUUAACCAGAAAUACCAGCAAGACGCACUGAACGAGAUGAACUACGAUACCGAGAAAAUGCCUUUGGGUAAGCUCAGCAAGGGCACUAUCAGUCGAGGCUUCCAGGCCUUGAAGGACCUGGCCGCCAUCAUUGACAAUCCCACAACGUCCCAAGAAAUCGAGCAACUCUCCAACCGAUACUACUCGCUUAUUCCACAUGCCUUCGGACGCAAUCGGCCAACGAUCAUCAACAACAACACUCUCCUUAAGAGAGAGAUUGAUCUGCUUGAGAGUCUGUCCGACAUGAAGGAGGCCACCGAUAUGCUCAAGGCCAGUCUCAAGGAUGAUAGCCAUCUCAAUCAACUUGACCGCCAGUUCCAGACCUUAGGCAUGGAUGAGAUUGAGGCGCUCAGCCCCAAGAGCUCUGAGUUCAACGAGCUAUCUGACUACCUUACGAAAACCAAGGGUGCAACGCACAACGUCAGGUACGAUGUGCAGGACAUCUUCCGUAUCCAACGCAGGGGCGAAUUUGAGCGCUUCGACAAAAGUCCUUUUGCAAAGGUCUCUGGCAACCGCCGCCUGCUCUGGCAUGGCUCUCGUGUUACCAACUUCGCUGGUAUCUUGGGUCAAGGUCUUCGCAUUGCGCCUCCCGAGGCUCCCGCCACCGGAUACAUGUUCGGCAAGGGUAUCUAUCUUGCUGAUAUGUCAAGCAAAUCGGCAAACUACUGCAACCACUACCAAUCUGGCGGUACCGCAUUGCUGUUGCUCUGCGAAGCGGAACUGGGCAACCCUGUACAUGAGCUCACAAACGCUUCGUACACUGCCGGUGAAGAUGCCAAGGCGAAGGGCAUGUGUAGUACCUGGGGUAAGGGUCGGGUCGGCCCGGGCCAGUGGAAGGACGCCGGCUGUGUUCACCCGUCGUUGGUCGGUACAAUGAUGCCCGAUGUUACAACCAUUCCUGGCGACACCAACGUUGAUGGUGCUUACCUCCAGUAUAAUGAAUACAUCGCCUACGAUGUUGCUCAGGUGCGUCUGCGCUAUCUACUUCGCGUCCGCAUGUAG